AUGGCUUUGACGACUUUGCCCCUCGAGGUCCUCCAUACAAUAUGCGAAUGCCUCGACAGCCACCAAGAUGUGGCCAGCUUCCGCCUCGUCUGCCGGGCAUUCGGCGACAUUGGCCUCAAAUUCCUGACCCCCAUGGUGACUGUCGCGCCCACAGCGGAGAGCAUCGCCCGGUUACGGGCCAUUUCGCUGCAUCCUGUUCUCAGACACCAUGUGUCCGGCGUCACGUUUCUGAUAAACGUGUUUUACCCAGACGCCAACUACGACGACUGGUUGGAUCGGGUGCCCAGAAAUCGCAAUCUGCGAGAUCUCGGGGGUCUAUAUUCUUACUGGUAUCGGGCUUGGAAAAUAUAUGAUAAACUGCUAUCCGGACAAAAGAAUGCCUUCAGGGCACUGGGGCCUGCACAAGACGUGGAGGAUGCAUGCCGGCGCCUGACCAACCUGGAUCAUCUGGAGAUAGCAGAAUCGUUCUAUGAAGAAGAUUACCUCCAACAAAAUCAGACAUACAAAUCACUCCUCCAAUGGAUCCCCCGGUAUAAUGCACUUGAAGGCCAGCCAUUUUACCCUUUUAGUGCGGCGUCCUCUUACACUGGCCCCCCUGGCGUCAAACCAUUGAAGGCAUUCCUGCGUGCCAUGACCGGCUCGAAAGUCCGAAACCUUCGGGUCAAGGUGCUGGACGUUGGGUUCUUCGAUGGUUAUGAGACCAGGGGUGAAUCUCAUAUGAGGGAGGGUCUUUCUCACCUCCGUGCCCUCGAGUUAAGACUCUGCGUCAACGACAACAAAUGGUGGGAGUCGAUACCAGUGGCCAACCGGAUUCUGUCCACGAACCGGUUGAGAGACUUUGUGUGCUUGGCACCACAUCUUGAGAAGCUUCGAGUCACAUUCAAGUGGUAUGCUUGGAAGCCUGGGUACUCCCAUGUCAAGAUUGCCAAUGUUCUCCCCAGACGACACACAUGGCCUCACCUGCGAAGCCUCCAAAUAGACAGCAUCGAAAUAGUGGCAUCUCACUUCUUGGACUUUGUCAGCUCCCAUCAAAGCACUCUCAAGCUUCUGAGUUUGAGGGAUUGUUUGCUGGCCAAUGACCCAGAUCAUCAGGGUUCAGAGGCGGCACGCAGCCGCUGGCCGGAUGUCUUCGUUCCGCUCAUCGUCUCUGACCCUCUGGAUGUGCUCUCUCUUAGGGGCAGCUUUAAGAUUUCCCAAGCAUAUGGUGACAUCGACAUGCUAGGCUUGCUCCAGGAUUUCGAGAUCACUGUCGGCCAAGCGCUGGCGAUUGUGAUAUGCUCGAGGGAGUUUGAUUCUUUCCUACGGGGCGAACUUGCAGGCCGCGGGGAUCUGAAAGCAGAAGCCGUCAAGAAAGACCUGGUCGAAGAUUUGACGGGCGAGCUUGGGGGGAGAAGGGAAAUGAUCCCAGUUGGGGGGCUUGGUGGUGGCGGCCAGGCGACUGUACUAUCCUACCUGAGUUUUGAUGAGAUACCUUGUCUCAGCAACCCUGAUUUGGAUGCUGAGGAGUAG